AUGGCAGCGGCAGUGGGAUCUCAGCAACCAGUUUCUACACAAAUUGUUGGGAGAUUAUUUGUAGAGAAAUACUAUGCCAUUCUGCAUAGCUCGCCGGAGAUGGCUAAUAAAUUCUAUCAAGACAAGAGUACCAUCCAACGUUUCGAGGAGGAUGGCUCCAUGAGUGUCACCACAACCUGUCAAGCCAUCAAAGAGAAGAUUGUCUCGCUCAACUAUGGGGACUUAAGAGUUGAGAUCAAGUCGGUGGAUUCAUCGGAGACUCUUCAAGAAGAUAAUGGCUACUUUGUUUUAAGCGACCAGUUACGAUAUAUUGUCAACGGGAACCCAACUUUAGGAAGUGAUGUUGUGGUGCGUCCGACCACAACACCAGAGGAAUCAGCCAUUGCAGAUGAAGUUUACAGUUCAUCAGAGGAUGGCGACAUUUUGUUCUUUGGUGGAAUAGAAGUUCAAGUAUCCGAUUUCAUUGAUAAGGCUUCUUUUGUUCAAGAAAAAAGAUGGGCAGACUCUCGGACUUCUCCCAUAUCAAUUGGAGGUGACAGUGGUUACAAUAAAGGGGGUCUUGACAGCAGGUUCAAAUUUACAUCGUUUUGCCCAAUAAAAGAAAACCCUAAUUUAAAAGAGGAAUGGAGCCUGCCGAACAGAGAAACAUCCAUGGUCCUUCUCCGGCUACACGCAAAGCACAUCGCCGUCUGCAGAUGCGUAUGCAGGAGUUGGCUCUCCCUAACCACCUCACAGGGAUUCAUCUCUGCACAGCUCGACCAUGCCCGGUCUGAAUUCGAUCCCCAAUUCCUUUUCCACGAUUCAGUCCCUAGUUUGGAAAGAGACAAGGUCCCAGUAAAACCCACCCAAUCCAAUCAGGCCUCGUCUGCUUUUCCCCUGACACAUUGA